AUGAGUGCCACGCCGUAUCGUCAUGCCCAAAAGCGGUCCCCCACCACGCCGCUGACGCCCAUGGUGGGAAACAACGUCCGCCGCAAGGUCGACGAUGGGACUGCCGGCUUGAAGAGCGUCCAUGCGGUGCCUGAGGACCUGCUCGAAGCCAACGAGGAUGCGUCGCUGGCCGAGAGAGCGUCGCAGACAGAUGCGGAAAACGUGCCGCCCGACCCGUCUGCCCAGCAGCAAACUUCUAGGCCUCCCACACAGCAGCCAUCGUCGCAGAACACGCUGCCGUCGAGGCCUGCGUCCUCCGACGACUCCUCGUUUGCCCUUCUGGAAGUCUAUCGCCGUGCAUGGCUCAACGAACGCAAAUAUAUCCGCCAGAAAGAGCUUGUCGAGUUUCUGGAACGCGAACGCGCCUGUUCAUAA